CUGCCAGUCCUACGAUGGAAACCUUGCAUCUGUAUUUGAAAACAAACACUUUGGUGACAUUCAAGAACUGAUGCAGAAGGCUGGUCACAAGUCUGGACAAGUAUGGGUUGGAGGAUCUAAAGCACCAGAGGAUUCUUCUUGGUCCUGGAGUGAUGGUAUGUCUCCCAGUACAUUUCCCAACUGGUGCUCUGGAGAACCUUCCAAGGAAAACUGCCUGAAAUCAAACUUUGAAGAGGAUGCGUCAGGAUGCUUGGAAGGCUCGGUGUGUGAUGCUGAGCUCCCAUCUGUCUGCAGCAUGAUCAUGUGAUUCCUGAGCUGACACAAUUCAUCUGUAAAAAGUACAAACAGUCUCAUAUAUAACCCGUAGGAUCUGUGUCUCAUGUUAUGUCCUGUUUAUUUCUUCUCUAUCGCUGUAAUGCUUCUUAACAAAUGAAAUGACGAAAUGAAGAGCUGGAUUGUCUCUUAGGUCUAAAUGCUUUUAGCACAUCUAUUCUGCAGAGUGAACUGUUCUUUCCUGGCAAAUUAAAAAGCGUAAGCUGUGAAAA